CCCACCUUCUGUUCUCCGGCGUGGGCCAAGUCCUUCCCGAUGUCCAGUUCCAGAUGGCUGGUCUCAGAGUGGGGAAACUACCUCUGGAGAAGCCCCCGCUCCACAAGCUGCUGGGCAAGAUGUGAGUGGUGGCUGCUCCUCUGGGGAGUCCUCCAGGCUUGCCCCACGCAGGGCUCCGUGCUCCUGGCCAAGCAGCUAGCCCAGCAGCUGACAUCCCCGGGUUAUCCAGAGCCAUAUGUCAAAGGCCAGGAGAGCAGCACUGACAUUGAGGCUCCAGAGGGCUUCGCCGUGAGGCUUGUCUUCCAGGACUUUGACCUGGAGCCAUCCCAGGACUGUGAGCAGGACUCUGUCACAAUCACAGCCAGUGGGAUGGAUCCGAGCCGGUUCUGUGGGCAGCAGGGCUCCCCGCUGGGCAGCCCCCCUGGUCAGAGGGAGUUUGUGUCCCCUGGGACCCGAUUGCGGCUGACUUUCCGAGCACCCGCCUCCUCUCAGGACAGGACCACCAGCCUCCACAGGGGCUUCCUGGCCUUCUACCAAGCUGUGGACGUGAACCACAGGUGGCCAGGUGGGGGCCCUGAGGCCAUCAGCACAGCUGGAGACAGCGCCUCAGAGACUCAGAGCCACCGCCAGGAGCCCUACUAUCAGGCAGUGCCACCAGGGAUGCUCACCUGCAGAAGCCAGGGUCCCCAGAAGGAGACACAGGACGUGGACGAUCUUCCUCACUGUGAACCUGUCUGUGGCCGGCCGCUCACGCCCAUCGCCCAGAACCAGGAGGCCCUCGGUUCCUCCAAAGCCAAGCCGGGCAACUUCCCCUGGCAAGCGCUCACCAGCAUCCACGGCCGCGGAGGGGGGGCCCUGCUGGGCGACAGGUGGAUCCUCACGGCUGCCCACACCGUCUAUCCCAAGGACGCCGUCUUGCCCUGGAAGAAGCGGAGCGUGCGUGUGUUCCUGGGCCACACAAGCAUAGACGAGAUGCUGAGGCUGGGAAGCCACCCUGUGCGCCGCGUGGUCGUGCACCCCGACUACCGCCAGAACGAGCCCCACAACUUCGAUGGGGACAUCGCUCUCCUGGAGCUCCACCACCGCGUCCCCCUCGGCCCCAGCCUCCGCCCCGUCUGUCUGCCCGACAACGAGUCCCUCUACAGCAGCGGCGUGUUGGGCUACGUCAGUGGGUUCGGCGUGGACAGGGGCUGGUUGACCACCGAGCUGAAGUACUCCCGGCUGCCCGUCGCCCCGAGGGCGGCCUGCCAGGCCUGGCUGCGAGAGCAGCAGAGGUCGGAGGUGUUUUCUGACAACAUGUUCUGUGCUGGGGACAGGGCGAGGCAGCAGGGUGUCUGCCAGGGGGACAGUGGCGGUGCCUACGUGGUAUGGGAUGAGCGUGCCCAUCACUGGGUGGCCACGGGCAUCGUAUCCUGGGGCGUCGGGUGUGGCGAGGGUUAUGGCUUCUACACCAAAGUGCUCAACUACCUGGACUGGAUCAAGGGAGUGAUGGAGGGAAAGGACUGACCCUAGGGGCGCCUGAGCAGUGACGCUCAACUAUGGAGGCCCCCAAAAAAAGCAGAAGGUUAGGAGCUCAGACUGGGCUCAGGAUUGGAGAUGGGGGCAGGGAAUCCCUAUUCAAGGAUCGCUGCCCUAUCCCUCAUGUGAGAGAACUCUUCCUUCCACCAGCGCCCCCCUCCUCCUCUUCUACCUUUUUUCUAGUUGGCCAGUUUGUGCUCCCCCCAGGGAAGUGCUGUACAUCUCAGCCAGUUGCCCUUAAACUUCAUCUUCUGGGUGCCUGGGUGGCUCAGUCAUUAAGUAUUUGACUUAGGCUUUGGUCAUGAUCUCACAAUUCAUGGGUUCG